AAAGGGAAGGGGGAAAAAAAUCUGCAGCCUUCCCGUGUUAUCCUCUUCAACCUCUGGCCCUCUCACUCCUCGCGCCGCGCGGCUGCUCCGGCCACCAAAGUGGCGCUCCGAUGGCGGUGAGAGUCCCUUCCAUGGAGCUGCACCGCCCCCCGCCGUCCGUAUCCGGUGUCCGAGGAAAAAGCUGCCUUCAAAAGCCUUUCCUUGUCCAAGCAAAGAGAUUAGAGGGAUUGGAGAAGGCAAACCCAAGGUCACGAGGAAAGCAAAGUUUGGAACAAGUGAAGAAAAGAGCACCACUGAUCCGUGGGACAGUGAGUCCACCUCUACCAGUACCAGGUCACAUAACUCAACCUCCUUACGUUGGUAAAAAGGAUGCUUCAGAGAUAGCAAGUGAGAUACAAAUGCAUGACAAAGUGAGCAUUAUUCACAUGAAAGCUGCAUGUGAGCUUGCUGCUCGUGUUCUUGAAUACGCUGGAACUUUAGUGAAACCCUCUGUAACAACAGACGAAAUUGAUAAAGCAGUGCACAAGAUGAUCAUUGAUGCUGGAGCCUAUCCAUCCCCUCUCGGAUACGGAGGGUUUCCAAAAAGCGUGUGCACAUCUGUGAAUGAAUGCAUCUGCCAUGGAAUUCCUGAUUCUCGUGAACUUCAGGAUGGAGACAUAAUUAAUAUCGACGUCACUGUCUACCUGAAUGGCUAUCAUGGGGACACCUCAAAGACUUUCCUAUGUGGAGAAGUGGAUGAAGCCAGUAAACGACUUGUGAAGGUUACUGAAGAGUGCAUGCUCAGGGCUAUAUCAGCUUGCAAACAUGGUACCAGCUUGAAGAAAAUUGGCAGAAGAAUAAGCGAGCAUGCUGAGAGGCACGGAUUUGGUGUUGUGGAUCGUUUUGUUGGGCAUGGAGUUGGGAGAAUAUUUCAUUCAGAACCAAUGAUAUAUCACCAGCGUAAUAAUAUGCCAGGUCAAAUGGUUGAAGGCCAGACAUUCACAAUAGAACCGGCCCUAUCCAUGGGAAGCAUUGAUUGCGACAUGUGGGACGACGGCUGGACGGCCGUCACGACGGACGGCAGCCUAGCCGCGCAGUUCGAGCACACGAUACUGAUUACCAAGACAGGAGCAGAAAUCCUCACGAAAUGCUAGUAAGAUCGGUGCCCAGCAUUAGCCACUGGAGUAGCAGUGAUCUCUGUGUUUGUAGGACGAGUAUGGUGGAAAGGAUGGUCGAUUGUUUUGCUGUAUAAAGUACUCCCUCUGUAUUUUAAUUUUGAUUUUAAUGUAUUAUGCCGUUGACUUUUUAACCAACGUUUGACCACUUGUCUUA